CUGAUCUAAUUUUGUAAAUAAACAUUAUAUAAAUAGAGUUGACUUUAAAUAUCCAUCAUGUCAACUAUGGUAGCUAAUGGGAAUUCAUCUUCCUCAAUCUCACCUAGCACCAUAACAACAUCGUCAUCAACGGCAAUGACCCCAUCAUCUUCUUCAUCAUCAUCAACUUCACCAUCUUCAAAUUCAUUGCCGCCUAAUUCAAUCUCAUCAUCUCAUAAUAACGUACUCUUGAAUCUACUGCUGCAUCCAGAUUGGGUAUCUAUGGAUAUGGAUAAAUUAGGUAAAUCUUUCUAUAAUGGUGAAGAUCAACCUUUAAAUGAUCAUAUUAAAAAUUUAAAGAUAAAAUCAAUUCAGGAAUCAAUCUCUUCAUCAUCUCAUUCAAAUCAAUUAGACAAUUUAAUCAAUUAUCUGAGAUCCAAUGAUGGUCUUAUUAAUAAUGAUUUUAGAUCCAUUAUUUGGCCCAUAUUAUUAGGUAUGAAUUAUGAUAAUCAAUCAUUAGAAUCAUCAUCAGAUAGUACUGCAACGAUUGUUACUCCAACCAGUAAUAACGGUAGCAAUACUAAUAGUAGUACCAAAUUAAAUGCUAUUUCAGCAUCAUUCUUCCUUGAAUAUCUUAAUAAUAAUGAUUUAUUACCUCAUAAAGAUGAAGAUCAAGUUAAAUUAGAUAUUCAAAGAUCAUUCACAAUAUUAAAUCAUAUUCAAUCUUUGCAAUCACAUCUUCAAAAUGAAUCUUAUACUACUAUUUUUUCACCAUCUGAUAUGAAUGAAUUAAAAAAGAAAUUAUUGAAUCUAAUCAUUAAAAUUUUAAGAAAAUACCCUACUUUACAUUAUUAUCAAGGGUUUCAUGAUAUUGCCAGCAUAAUCUUAUUAGUUUGUUAUAAUAACAAUAAUAAUAAUGACUCACAUGAAGACAAUGAUGAUAAUGAUUCUCGUUCCUCACCUACAACCAAUUGUACUGGAAAUUACAAUAUAAAUGAAGAAUUAGCAUUCAAAUUAUUAGAACGUUUCACGAUUUUCCAUUUACGUGAUUUUAUGAUUAAUGAUAUCACUCUUUCUACUAAUCAUUUAAAAUUGAUUCCAACUUUAUUAGAAAUUAUCGAUCCUACAUUAUUUGAAUUAAUUAAACAGACAAGUAAUCAAUAUUUGAUGUCAGAUGGUUUACAUUAUGAUUACAACUUUUAUCAAAGUCUUUCAUGUAUUUUAACGCUUUACAGUCAUGAUAUUUCUAAUAUUCAACAUCUUUUAAUCCUUUGGGAUUUCAUUUUAAGUUAUAAUUCCAUCAUUAUUAGUGUCUAUAUCUAUGUGGCAACCUUACUUUAUGUUAAAGAUGAAUUAUUUUCCAAAUUGAAUAUUGAUGAUGAAACUGAUAAUUAUGAUUUUAGUAAUAUCGAUCCUGAUUUAGUUCAUACUUUAACUUCACCAACUAGUUUAUUUGAUGGAUUAUCUGAUAAUGGGCUUAUUAAAAUCUUAAAUAAAGCUAAAGAAUUAAUUGAAACUUAUCCUAUUGAAGGCUUGAAGAAUGCAAAUUCAACGUUUGAUAUUUGGUUUAAUCAGUUCAAUCCUCAUUCCGUAUUAUUAACUUCCUCCAAUAUAAACUUUGAUAAUUUUUAUAAAUUUAAACAUUAUGAACAUUUAUUAAUCAAUGACGUUUUAAAACAAACCCAUAAUAACAUUUCAUUUAGUGAAUUACUUCAAUCACAAGAAGAUGAAAUUGCCAAACAAACCAUCUUUGAUUUAGAAACUAAACAGAAAAUCCUUGAACAACAAGAAGAAUUGGCCAAUUCAGUCAUAUCUGAAAAUAGUUUUGAUUCACAUUCAAAUCCUCAUCUGUUAUCAUCAUCAUUAAGUUUAACAUCAACUUCUUCAUCUUCUAUAAACUCCAAAAUAGCGCAUACUUCAUCAAUGAUCUUUAAAAAGUUAUUCAAAAUUGAAAAUUCGAUAUUAUCUAGCCCAAUUAUUCCAUCAUCACCACUCCUGAAUGAUAAAGAUGAUAAAGAUAAUAAAAAAUUAAUCAAUAGAAAUAAAAAUACUCAUUUAAUCUUCAGCAAUAUUUAUAAAAUCAGCUUUACCAUUGGGUUUAUUGGAUUUUUAAUUCAUUUCCUUUUAAUUAAAAAUAAUCCAAACUUUUAUAAUCAUAAUGCUUUCAAUCUAUUUAAUAUUAAUAGUUUUACAUCUCCCCUUAAGGAUUUAAGUCAUUCACUUUUAAUUCAACAUGAAAAUCCCAUCAAUUCCAUCACAAAUGAAAUAUCAAACAUAAGUGCUGAUAUCAUAAGUGAUGUUGGUGGAGCUAUUAAUGAUGUUUGUACAUUUGUUAAACAAUCAGAAAUAGUUCAUCAAGGGAUAAAUUUUGGUCAAGUUGGUCUUGGCGGUUUAAGAAAUACCUUAUAUGGAUUUAUUACUUAGUAACGUUACUUUACACUAUUUGAUCCUUAUAUGGUUUCUUGUUUUAAUCUUCUCUUUUUUUUUUCUUUUUUUUGGUGAUAUUUUAUAAUCUUCAGUUCUUUUAUAUACUUUUGUUGUUGUACAUAUCUUAUAUUUUUAUUUAUUUAUGAUUGGUUUUUUCACAUCUUAACAUUAUCAUUUUCAUACCCCGUAUAUACGUUCCUACUUUAAUUAUUUAUUUUAUAUAUAUAACGUUUUAAUGUUAUUUUUAAU